CGCAACAUUAUUAGCACAAUAACAGUAACAGAGUGUAAGGAAUAUAAUAUUAAACACAUAUGCACGUAUGAGAUGUUUAUAUAUAACACAGUUUAGGAUUUGUUAGGUGAAAUUUGUGGAAUGCAGCUGUGUCUUGUGAGAAUUCUGUGGUACUGUGCUUGGAGCUUAGGGUACCUUACAAAAAUGAUUGAAUGAGUGACAGUUUUAGUGUGAUAUGAGCACUUUUAUUUAUUAAAUCCCAUUCAGUGUUACCAAAUUGCUGGCUUUUGAUGGCCUUAUGGUCAAAUUUGAACCCAAAGGCCAUUCAGGGACCCAGUAAUACUUACAUAACUCAAAGAAUGAUAAUAUAGUUCUUCCUGUGUGCUUCUCAGUUCUAGACAAUACCUCAUUCUUGUUUUUGAGUGUCAUUUUAGGCACAGUUUGGCUUUUGCACAUUAUUUUUUAUUUAAAGGGUAGAAAUAUUACCAUUGGGUUGAUCGUUACCACUCUAUGUGGAAUUAGUUAAUAACCAUCAGAGUGGGCAGUCUAUGAGUUAUCUUCUUAUAUCUGGUCUGCAGGAAUUUGCUGUAAUUAGAACAUUUCUUGUUAAUACCUGUUGGGCCAAAUUCAACACAAACUUUUAUUGUAGUGCAUAUAACUGCACAUACUUGCAUUUCUGAAUGAGCUGGGAAAAAAGUUCUUAAAACUAAGUGAAUGAAGUAGAUUCAGUAGAGCCCUUUCCGUAAUCAUGGGAAUUAAUCAUGAAGACAGUUGCUUUAGUAACACUCAAAGCAUAAAGUGUUUUAGUAAAGUUCAGCAUCAUUUGGUGAUUAUUGUGUCAAAUUUUUACAUGUUUCUUGAUCAUUUCUUGUUAUUAUCCUAAAACACGCAACUUAUAAUAUAGCAGGUCCAGUUGCUUAUGAUCACAAAGAAUAUUUCAUAUAAAUUGUUCUUGGAUUCUUCAAAAUACCAUUCAUCUCCAUUUUGCACAAAUAAUUGACAAUUUCAUGUAAUGAGAUUGGAAGGCUACUAGAAUCCAGAAAAUACAGCUGUUAAGAAUUCACAGGACUCACAUAGAUUUGUUUCUAUGGGAAGAAAUGUAAGGACUAUUGGAAGUGAGCAGAAAUGUAGUAAGAUCAUCUAUUAAUGCUUACACUUCAACAAAAGCACUUGGUGGUUAGAAACAUGGCUUUGAAGUUGAAAUUGGACAGCCUGGCUUUUAAGUCCUGCUAUGUCACUUACUUCCCAUAUGGCCUGAAUUACUUAACCUUUCAACGCCUCAGUCUCCACGUAUGUAAAGUGGGGAUAGUCAUAAAACUAACAUAGGCUUUUGUGAGGUUUAAGUGAGAUUAUGCAUGUUAAAUGCUUAGCACAGUGUCUGGCACAUAGUAACCUCUCAAUAAACAGUUUAUAAAAUACCCACAAGCAAGGAGUUGUUACAAACCAGUCUUGUGUCAUCUGUUAAAACAAUCAUACUGCUGCAAAAGCAACUAAAAUAUAAUCUUGACUUUGUCAGCAACUGUAGGCGGGUUGAAGUGAGUGAAAUGACUCAUAUGUUUGUCUUGGUUCUAAAUAUCUGUUGUUGGCAAUUUUAUCAUUCAACCCUGUCCCCAAAUGUGGGAUUGCACUCAUAUGCAACAGCUAGUAAUUAUGUUUCUCUUCAGUAGUAAUGGUAUUUAAAUAUUGUUACAUCACUUCAUAUCCUUUUAAGCUGUGACUCAUCUUACACAUAAAUGUAGGAGUUACUAGUCUGAUUUGGGGGGUUCCAGGGAGUCACUAAGUGAUACUAUUUCUUUUCCUUGAGAAGUAAGGCACAGGAGACUGCCAGAUGGAGAUCAGAUUGUCUCCUCUGUUGGCUGACUGGAGGACAUGGCAUCAGAUCUGGAGUGAAAAGGGCUUUUUAGCCUGCUUGACUUAGACCUGCCCACUGGGUGACUGACACAGCCAACAAGUCUGGGCCUCAAAGGGCAGGCACCUUCCUGCAUGGAGAGCCCAUUAGAGAGACCAGACCAGGGAACACCCAGGAACAGAAGGCUGCACCCAGGGACAGGGGCUGAGAGAGAGCAGGAGGUGAGCCUGUCUUGCCCAGGUGCUUCUUCCAGACCAUUGACCCCACAUGUCCUUCUGCCCCUUGGAGAGGAGAGUGGGAGAGUUUAGGAGUGCCACCCUCGUUGCAUUUCCUCCACAUGACUUGAAGCGUGAUGGAAGCACACCCAGCCACAUGAGCAGAGCCUUUCCACAACGAAAGGGAGCCUGUGCGGCUCUGCGAGUAGGAGAGAUGAAGAGCAGGGUGAAGAGAGGGUUGGAGCACAAACACAGCAGAUGAGUCUCUCGAGCCCUUCAUCUUCCCGGGGCCCCCUGUGUUAUUUAAAAUGCAGGUGAAGGACUUUUGGAUAACCAGAAGUACAAAUUUAGAUAACUAGAUUGUGACUUCUCAUGUCUGAAUUUUAGUCUUCAUAAAAAUUUAAAUGCUAUCUUGAAAUAGAGUAAAUGGAAUAAAUAUAUAAGAAUCUUUAGCAAAAGUAUACUUUUUUGUAGUGAAGGUAUAUAUGGAAAUUAGCUUGCGAGUCUGAUUUUCAGCAUACGUUGAUAUGUUAAAUUUUUAAUUGGUUGGAUAAUUCACUUUAGUAAUUAAUUUUUAGUAAUUUUUUAUGCUUUUCAAGAAAUAUUUAAUGAGCAUCUACCAUGGGCUAGGCACUGAUAGAUAACCAGAGACACCAGGAUGGAUGAGAAACUGUCCUCUUUUCGUGGAGAUCAUAGUUCAGUAGAAGAGACAUGUAAUUCAUAUAUUCAGUAAAGAAUUACAGGUAACAGAUGUGGAAAUACAGUAGGUCAGAAGCAGCAGUGGCCAGUUCUCCCUUACUGGCAAUGAGCAGUGGUAAGGUGGAGCAUAUACAAGCAGCUUACAAUUCUAGUUUUGAUUAAAUUUGAGAAAAAAAAAUCUCUGUUAUAAUGAAAUUUUGUCAGCAUUUGUUUCUAGGACUUUAAAAAUUAUUUUGUUUCCUAUCUUUCUAGAAAUUAGGAAGCAAGUAAUAGAAGCCGACCCAGGACUUGCUGUGAGAAAAAAUUUUAACUUAAUUAAAACCAUAAUUUAAAUAUUUUACUAGUUAUAGAAAUAUUAAAUAUCAACCUGACACAAGGUGCUCUACGUAUAAAAUAUUGGCAAUUUGUCCUCUUGCCAAUGAUCUUAAAAAUAUGUGCUUACAAAAACAAAACAAGCAACCUACCAAUUAUAUAGACACUGUUGAUCUUUUUAUUUGCAGAAUCAGGGGCAAGCCAUGGAGAAUCAUGGGGACUCCUUGAAGGGAGGCUGAGGUGGCAGCUGGGAAGCUGAUGGGAAGGGAAAUCAUUUGGGCAAUAGCAUUACAGGUGGGCACACCCAGAGGCCGGCAGGUGCAGUGUGUGUGCCUGGUCCUUUCACCCCGGCAGUGCUCACCACGGGGAAAGGGGAGGCCAAGCUAGCAGAGCUUUGCUGCAUCCUCCCCAGCCCCACUUCCCCUACUUGCUUGGCAAUUGGGCAUUUAUAGAAUUUGUUUGAAGAUUGUAUUCUGCAAAUUUAAUGAAAAAAUAAAAAAGUAUUAAUUUGAAGCACGAUACAGUGGAAAUAAUGGUAAUAAUGCUAUUGGUGAUAUAAGAAACAUUUUGAAUGGGAAGUUAUAAAUCAUAUUUGUGCUGAUAAUGAAAAGUUAAAAUUGAAGAACAUUUAGGCUUAUAUCUUUUGAACACUUUGAUUGUAUCAGAUAAUGCAUACUUAAACUAGAGGAAUAGGCCGGGCUUUGUGGCUCAUGCCUAUAAUCCUAGCACUUUGGGAGGCCAAGGUGGGUGGAUUGCCCCAGCCUGGGAGUUCGAGACCAGCCAGGGCAACAUGGCAAAAUCCCAUCUUGAGAAAAAAUACAAAUAUUAGCUAGACAUGGUGGCAUGCACCUGUAGUCCCAGCUACUUAGGACUCAGGAGGCUGAGGUGGGAGGAUCACCUGAGCCCUGGGAGAUUGACGCUGCAGUGAACUGUGAUCGUGCCACUGCACUCCAGUCUGGGCGGCAGAGUGAGACCUCGUCUCAAAACAAACAAAAUCCCCCAAAAACAAAACCUGGAGGAAUAUGAAGGUAUGUAUGGAACUUGCAUGGCUCUUUUGAAGAGAAAAUCUGGGCAUUUCUGAGGACUUUGUGGGUUGAUGGCACUGGGUCUUUCAUGUAUCUUGCUUUCACUGGCUGUCCCUUUCCUUGAUGGUGAUUAUUUAUACUGUUUUAUAAUUGUGGCUAUGAUCUGUCUCUUUUCUUGUUGUUCCCAAGUAAACAUAAGAAAGAGGAAAGGAAGCCAAAUGAUUUUUCUAAGAUUAUAUGCUAAUAGGGGGAGCAAGAGGCAGAUAAAUGGGUUUCUGAGGUUGUGCAGUUUUUGAAAAGACAUUUGUUUAAUGUGGAAUUAAUGUAGUUAUGAGAGAUGCAAGUGGGAUUGGGUUGGACCACAGGGAAGUAUAGGAUUGGAUUGUCAACCUUAAAUAAUGGAAAUAUGAUUAAGUAGAGUUAAUUUGAGUCCAGAGCUUGAGGAUGGCCACCCAGGUGCAUAGAUUCAAGUUGUCCUGAAUAUACACUCCAAUUAGCAGCAGUUACAAGUGGGUUUUUAAGGAAAAAAGAAGGGACUGUUUCUAAGAUUUUACCAAGAAUUUACAUCAAAAUAACAUAAGCUAUUGGUUGUCUAAACCUUGUUCUUUGUAUCACAAAUUCCAAGAACAUGAAGAUAAUGGGGGAGGCAGCUAGCCAGGCACAAAAUGCCCUUAAACAGUUUUCACCAGGCAUGGGAGGAUCCAUAACUGAAGUCCCAUAUGCACAUCUCUCUGGGCCUGAUAGAUUUUGUGGACCUCACAGAGCUCAGACUGCUCUGAGCUAUUUUUCUUAGGAUUCUAGAUGAUCUCCCAAUAAAGGGAAAUAAAGGGGUCAGGAGGGGUUACUGGAGCAGUUCUUCCCACGGGACCACCAGUGGUAGGGUGGCUUAGGCUAUCCCAGGGUGCUAUUUCAGAACAAGAUGUUUUAGGGGGAGAGCUGGUAUAUGUAGCCUUUAGGUUCCCAUAUUUCAUCUUGACCAGAGUGACCAGUCAAAAUAAGUGGUAUUUCAGACUCUUGUUGCAGAUGUACCUUCCUUUAUUUUUUGUGUUUUUAGUUGUGCUUUGAUGUUAAUCUGCUUCACUGCUCAUUCCUCCUCUGAGCAUUCCUUCCAGCCUUGGAUCUAGAGCAUGGCAAAAUUAUAAUGACAUUUUUAUCAAUGGUGUUUAUUAAGAUUUCCACAUGUAAAAUAAUCUUUAUUCUUAAUAUAUCUUAGUCUGUGGUACAGUGACGAAGUGAUCACAAAUAUGUUUACUAAGAUUUCAACAUUUAAAAAUAAUCUUUUUUCUUGAUGUAUCUUAGUCCAUGGUUCAGCGAGAAAGUGGUCACAACUGGCCGGGCGCGGUGGCUCAAGCCUGUAAUCCUAGCACUUUGGGAGGCCGAGGUGGGCGGAUCACGAGGUCAGGAGUUCGAGACCAUCCUGGCCAACAUCGUGAAACCCUGUCUCUACUAAAAAUUCAAAAAAAUUAGCAGGGCGUGGUGGCAGGCGCCUGUAGUCCCAGCUACUCGGGAGGCUGAGGCAGGAGAAUGGCGUGAACCCGGGAGGCAGAGCUUGCAGUGAGCCGAGAUGGUGCCACUGCACUCCAGCCUGGGGGACAGAGCCAGACUCUGUCUCAAAAAAAAAAAAAAAAAAAAAAGAAAGAAAGUGGUCACAACUAAAAACAUAACUAAGAGGCACCAGUGAAUUUGGUUGAAAGACACAAAUAACUUAUUCAGAUUAUUGUAAGGAAAAAAGAGCAUUUGCUGUCUGAAUUCGUUAUACUAGAAAUGAAAGCCAUCAGGAACUGAAGCAUGAAGCAGCUUUGGGGUGAGCUAUUCAGUCUCUUUUGGGCUAAAAGGUCUCUGGUGGUGGCUGCUUUGCUCUGCAUCUCAGGUGCUGUUUCCUUCUCUGUACCAGCUACUUUUCUCUGCUUACUGGUAGUUUUUGCUUCCCCAUUUUUUCAGCUUGCCUUUGGUCAUCAUUGCCUAUUAAGCUCUUUAUUGCAUGGCGCUUCAUCUUUAACUCCCAUUGCAAGUUGAUCCAUUCUCUAAGUUUCUCUUAGUUCAUUCCCACAGAGAAGGGCUGGUUGAAUAAAUUACACUAAUACUUUAGGAUGCUGUAAAGCUGUGGAAAAGGUUGAGAUAGACCCACUGGGGUACUGGAGAAACUGCGUUUAGUGACAUCACGUUGGCAGCUUGGAAACUGGCCACCAUAGCAUGAGUAUUUGCCACAUGGAAAUCUGCAGAUGCCACAAACAGGGCCCAUUGCCUCUGCCUCUUCCCCCAGAAAUGGUUGUUAACCUUUAGGGGCACUGCCAGGUAGAUCUAUAGGUGUUAACCUAUACAGUCUCCAAGGUGUACUGUUAAGUGAAAAAGAGGUGUUGAUUUUAGAAUGAUUCUAGUUUUUGAAUAAAAUGAGAUAUUAAAUAUUUGUGGGUAUUCAUGAAUACAUGCAGAUUCUUGAAUAGUGUGGAGAAUAUUUUUGGCAGCUAACAGUGAUUGCUUCUAGAAAGUGGGGGCUUAGGUUUGGAGUGGGGAGUGUGUGUGCAGAUCAGGGUUCAGUUUUUCUAUAUUGUGAACAUUAAUAGCCAGUACAAUUCUUACAUAAUCAUAAUAACGUCAAUAUCAUUUACUUCAAUUUCAAGUAUUAUGAUGAAGUGUGUAGGGAAGGAAACAUAAUCCCUAAUGUUGAAGAUGUCAAGAUCAAAUGAAUUCACUUUUCUCAUAUACUACCAAGGUCACAGCCAUGUCCCUUUGUAUUUUACAUCACGUCAGACUGACUUUUCUCACUCUGUUAAUUGCUUGUCUUCAGAUUUCUAAUAGCUCCCUUACACUCUUUUUGAUGUCUUUAUAUGUAAGCUUUUACUGUAUCACUACUAUACCCCUGAUCUUUGUGUUGCCUGGAAUCCACUUUCUUCUAAGACACCUCAUGUUUCCUAUUCUAAUGUAGACAGGUUGCUCUCUAUGCAGCUACACAGUUGGCAUUUGGAAAUGUCUAAUUUUGGCCUGCGGCAGUGUUACGGAUCCUGUUUUUGCCUCUCUUUCUUAUUUUGUGUAAAAGAAUUAUUCUGACUCUUGCUAAAAAGGGAAAAUGGACUUUAUUCAGGACCAUUGCAGUCGGUAUCAAGAUUAUUAAAAUAGUGGAGAGAUCAGGCUCAACUCUGCAUGCAGCAAGGACAAGUGGAGAUGGAUAGCCAAUGGGCAGAGCAAGAAGGUCAGUGAUGGAAAAUCACUAAGAGAGAUAUCAAGUGUAGGGGGAUUCUGGCUAAACCGACAUAACAAGAUUCUUGCUGAAGACAGGCCAGGGUGAUCAGAUAUCAAGAGUGGGGGAUGAGGAAUCUGUUCAGAUAUCUAGGAUGAUCAGAUUUCAUGAAGGGUGGAGGGAUUCUUGCUAAACUGACUUAGCAGGAUUCUUGCUACAACUGGGCUAGGCAGGCUGAAGAUAGGACAAGGCUGAGGUAGAGGCCUAGUCAAGAAGAGGGCUUUAAAGGAGCCAGCCCAAAGUUUGGUCAAGGAGUGUCUUUGUCAGUUCUUCCUGUUGCUGUUUUGUUUUUCUGUAGUAUACUCUCAAAUUCUUUUUCAAAGAGACAUUUCAUAGGCAGUAAACUUUGAAUCCUGUGUUUUCAUGCUGCUUUACACAGCACAUGAUUUACCAAAAACUUGGUGGCUUAAACAACACAGAUGUAUCAUUUAAUGGGUUCUGGAGGUCAGAAGUCUGAAAUCAAGUUUCUCUGGGCCAAAGUCAGCAGGACUGGUUCCUUCUGGAGCCACUAGGGGAAAAUCCAUUUCCUUGCCUUUUCUUGCUUCUGAAGACUGCCUGCUUUCCUUAGCUGGUGAUGUCUUGCUUCCACCAUCACACUGCCUCCUCCUUCCUUUAACCUUCUUGCUUCCUGUUCAGAAGGAUUCUUGUGACCACACUGGGCCCACUUGCAUGAUGCAGGGCAAUCUCCUGAACUCAAGAUCCUUAGCCGAAUUACAUCUGUAAUCACUUUUGCAAUAUGAGGCAAAAUUUACAGAUUCCAGGGGUUAGGAUGUGGACAUCCUUGGCAGGGAAGAAGGUCAGUCUUCAUCUUACCACACCUUGUAAUAUCUCAAAAUCUUUUUAUUUUUCCACAUGGUUGGUAUGGAAUUCCAAGUUCAUGAUAAUUUUUUGCUCAUAACUUUGGAAAUAGUGUUUCAUUAUCUUCUAGCUGAUUAGAAGUUUGGCACCAGUCUAAUUCUUAUUUCUUGGUAUAUGGCUUGAGAAAUUUUCCCCCUCUAAACUUCUGAGAUCUUUCGCUUUAGUUGAAUGUUACACCUGGCUUAAGCUGAGUGUAAACUUAAUUUAUUAGUGUCCAUUUAAGUGUAAUUAAUGUCCAUAGGCAUGCCUCUAACAGGGAUGUUAACUUUUGCAAAAUGGUUUCCAAAUUGUAGGUUCCUACCCAUUUAAGAGAAAGGGAGAAACAAUGGAGGGAAGAAGGAAGGAAUAAAUAAAACAGAAUGGAAAAAUUCAUAGUGCCAUCUUACAGUACUUGUAGUACAUAUUGUUUCAUGAGACAUUUGUUUUACUUGUAUGUGUGUGUGGUUUGUUAAAAAUGUCCAAAACCACUACUUUAGCAUGUAUUUUGCUUCCUGUCUGAAACAGGGACUGAAAUAGAGGCUAUAAUUUUCACAUUAAGAAUUGUUAUUAAAAAUUACAUUAAGAUAUAAAAUGUAUUUGAGGAGAGGAACAUUUCUGGUUCGCUUUAAUGUUUUAAAUAAAAUUUUUUUUGUUGCUCUAUGACAAGUAUUUUUUUAAUAAGAAAUAAGAAAGUGGCUAAUAUUGAGACAAGAUGAAGGCACAUUAUGAAGCUGCUUCUUUCAAGCCGCUGUUUGUUAGCGGAUGGAAUGCUAGUGUAGGCUGGUGUGCCUCAUAGUUGGGAUGUAGCCUGAAAGCCGUGUUUUCACCCUCAACAAUGAUCAGCUUUGUUUGAAAAUAUAUAGUCUGUGUAACCACAGCAAGGUUUUUUUCUCCCUUUAGAAGAAGACAGAAUGCAUCUCAAACUUUUUCUUCUUGCGCUUGUUUCACAGAUAAAGUACAGCUGCCUCUGCCUUUCUUUGUUUUAGUUAGUUGCAGAAUGUGUGAGGUACCACCUAGCAGCACUCUUGGUGCGUUCGAGAACUAUAAAAUAAUAAUGAAAUCUUGGAAUAGAUAAGUUACUCUAUGAGGACUGAAGCUGUUGUUAACUCCCAAGGCCAGGCUGAUUAUCUCACAAAGGAUUCAGACCAGGAUGUAGCACUCAAACUUGCCCAGGAGCGAGCUGAAAUAGUUGCUAAAUAUGACAGAGGACGAGAAGGUGCAGAGAUUGAACCUUGGGAAGAUGCCGAUUACCUUGUUUACAAAGUCACGGAUAGAUUUGGCUUUUUACAUGAGGAGGAGCUCCCAGAUCAUAAUGCGGCUGUGGAACGGCAAAAGCACCUGGAAAUUGAAAGAACUACCAAAUGGCUGAAAAUGCUGAAAGGAUGGGAAAAAUACAAGAACACUGAAAAGUUUCAUAGGCGAAUUUACAAAGGAAUACCACUCCAGCUCAGAGGUGAAGUCUGGGCCCUCCUUCUUGAGAUCCCUAAAAUGAAAGAAGAAACAAGGGACCUGUAUAGUAAAUUAAAACACAGAGCACGGGGCUGUUCACCUGACAUCAGACAAAUAGACCUGGAUGUCAACCGCACAUUUCGGGACCACAUUAUGUUUAGAGACAGAUAUGGUGUUAAGCAACAAUCCUUAUUCCAUGUUCUUGCUGCCUAUUCUAUUUAUAAUACGGAAGUCGGGUAUUGUCAGGGGAUGAGCCAGAUCACAGCUUUACUCCUCAUGUAUAUGAACGAGGAAGACGCCUUCUGGGCCCUGGUCAAACUCUUCUCAGGCCCUAAACAUGCCAUGCAUGGCUUUUUUGUCCAAGGUUUUCCUAAACUCUUGAGGUUUCAAGAACAUCAUGAAAAAAUACUGAACAAAUUUCUGUCCAAGCUUAAGCAACACUUGGAUUCUCAAGAAAUCUACACAAGUUUUUAUACAAUGAAAUGGUUUUUUCAGUGUUUCCUUGAUCGUACUCCCUUUACACUAAACCUCAGAAUAUGGGAUAUCUACAUCUUUGAAGGAGAACGAGUUCUUACUGCUAUGUCUUACACAAUCUUAAAAUUACACAAAAAACAUCUAAUGAAAUUGUCCAUGGAAGAACUUGUAGAAUUUUUUCAGGAGACCCUGGCAAAGGAUUUUUUCUUUGAAGAUGAUUUUGUGAUAGAGCAACUUCAGAUUUCUAUGGCAGAACUAAAGCGGGCAAAGUUAGACCUUCCAGAACCUGGUAAAGAGGAUGAAUAUCCAAAGAAGCCCUUGGGGCAACUUCCACCUGAACUUCAGUCUUGGGGCGUCCAUCACUUGAGCAAUGGACAGAGGAGCGUGGGCCGGCCGAGCCCGCAGGCCAGCGGCAGGAGGGAGAGCGGGGCGCCCCACAGGAGGCACGAGUACUCCCCGCACCCCCAGAGCAGGACCGGGACGCCCGAGAGAGCACAGCCGCCAAGACAGAAAUCGGUGGAGGAGGAGAGCAGAAAGCUUAAAGAUGAGGCAGAUGUUCAAAGAAAACUCCCAUCAGGUCCACAGGACAGUUCCAGGCAAUAUAAUCACGCAGCUGCCAACCAAAAUAGCAACGCCACUUCAAAUAUCAGGAAGGAAUUUGUGCCCAAAUGGAAUAAACCGUCAGAUGUCUCAGCUACGGAGAGAACUGCCAAAUACACCAUGGAAGGCAAAGGUCGAGCAGCGCACCCCACGGUCGCAGUCACCGCCCCAGGCCCUGCUGAGGUGAGGGUGUCAAACGUGCGGCCAAAGAUGAAGGCCCUGGAUGCUGAGGAUGGGAAGCGGGGCUCCACUGCAUCGCAGUAUGACAACGUGCCGGGCCCAGAGCUGGACAGCGGCGCUUCCGUGGAGGAGGCGCUGGAAAGGGCUUACUCCCAGAGCCCACGGCAUGCCCUUUACCCUCCCAGCCCGAGAAAGCACGCUGAGCCAAGUUCUAGUCCAUCAAAAGUAUCCAACAAGUUUACUUUUAAAGUACAGCCUUCAAGUCUUGCACGAUAUCCGUCCCAUCUAGAUGGGGAAGCCCGAGAGCUAGCUCAUCCCCCCUCCUACAGCAAUCCCCCCAUUUACCACGGAAACUCUCCCAAACACUUCCCUACUGCCAACAGCAGCUUUGCUUCUCCACAGUUUAGCCCUGGGACUCAACUGAAUCCUUCCAGGAGACCUCAUGGUUCUACUCUUUCCGUCAGUGCUUCUCCGGAGAAAUCUUACAGCCGCCCAAGCCCCCUUGUACUGCCAUCUAGUCGAAUAGAAGUCCUCCCUGUUGACACUGGUGCUGGGGGAUAUUCGGGCAAUUCAGGGUCACCAAAGAAUGGAAAAUUGAUCAUUCCGCCAGUGGAUUAUUUGCCAGAUAACAGAACAUGGUCAGAAGUUAGUUAUACAUACAGACCUGAGACGCAGGGACAAUCUUGGACCCGAGAUGCUAGCCGUGGCAAUUUACCAAAAUACUCAGCCUUCCAACACGCACCCUUUCAGGACCAUGGCCUCCCUGCAGUUUCUGUAGAUACCUUGAGGUAUAAAGCUUCACCGGCCGCAGAAAAUGCCAGUCCAUCUGGGUAUCCAUAUUCAGGGCCCCCGCCUCCAGCCUACCACUAUAGGAAUCGGGACGGGCUUUCCAUCCAAGAGUCAGUGUUGCUGUGAGAUUUGAUGUGUACUUGCUAAAGACGAGAGAGAAACCACAUGAAACCUACAUUGCUAUGUUCAUAAUUGCCAAAGCAGUAUUUAUACUAUUGUAAACAACUCGCACAUCUCUCCUGUCUGUUAAUAGUCAGAAUACAGGGAAAUGUCUUCAGCCCCACGUAGAUGCUGCUUAAGAUGAGCAUUUAAAUUGCAUCAUCACUGACCUGUUAGAAUUUAACCCGGAAACAUAGCAAUAGCAUUUAGGGAUGUACGCACAAUGGUAAUUUAUUACUCAGUUCCGUUUAUGUUUUUCUCCAAAACCUGAACAUUUUUACUCUGUUGGCUCAUUCUAUUUUGACUAAUGUUACAAAGUACUGAAAAAACUGUAGAAUAGAUAUUUUUAACGCUAUAUGUAGUGUAUGUGUCUUUUAAUAGAUAUAGGCAUCUAUUCAUACACGUUUGAACACAGAGCUAAAGAAACGUUUUUUUAAAAAACUACUUUUAAUCCAGAUCCAUGGAAUAAUAUGUAAUUCUUGUUUUCCUUGUCUUUUAGUCCAGUUUUUCCUCUUCCCUCUCAUAUUUGUAACGUGGGUCCUAAACUGACUGAAGAGUUUGUCCUGACUUUAUUAAUUGCAGUCUCACAGAAUGCUCAUCAUUUUCCUUCAGCUGUUGCUAUUUUCUUUCAAUCUGAAAAUUAAAGACAUUGGAGAGAAAGGCUAACCACUUAAUGGUGCUUAAAAAUUGGGGCAGUUAAAAUAAGUUUACGGCCAAAGGUGCAGCAGUGCUUAUCAUAUCCACAUACUAAGAGAUUGGUCUUAGUGCAUUUAUACCCUUUGUUCUGGGCUGACUCUUGCGAAUCUCAGAGCAGGAGAAGUUGCAGCUUACUGAUCCCUCAGUGCUCACAGUACUCAUGUGGGGCAGCCACACUAACUGGAUUAGCAGUGUGGUUACUUCUUUCUUCUGGCCCGACUCACAUAGCUUCUGCCCACGAAGGUCCCAGGGUGGCCAUUUACACAAUGCAUUUCUGGCCUCUUUAUGGAAUGUAGUCGAUGGAUAUUGCUGCACUUCAUCAGGCCAUUACAUUGUCCAUGUUAAAAUUAUAAAAAUGAUCCUAGUUUUUCAUAGGAGUCUAGAAUUUUGAUCUUUUAAAAAAUACAGUGUGAUUUCAUGCUUCUGAAAAUCUUUUUUUUUAAUUGAAACAAAUUCAAGUUCUUGGUUUAAAAAAAAAUUAGUGAUGUCUUUAAAAAAUAUUCUGUUACACUACACACACCAAAACACAAAGAUUCAGGCACUCCAAGAGAGUAUGACUUCGUGUUUAACUGGGGAGCUUGUUUUCAACAUUGCUUAUAUUCGAAUAGUAGAAAACCCGACGUUGAUGUUUCUUCCUGUUGCAAGGUGGGGCUUCAAACUUUCAAGGUACAAAAGUACGUCUUUUAAAAUGAAAGUAACGUUUGUUUAGCUAGUGAAUGUGACAAUGUUUUUUAUGUAUAUAAUGAGUCUAAUGUAAUUUUAAUCAACUUGGUAAUGAUGUUAUUAAAUGGCAAAACAAGUGCAGUGUAUUAAAGCUAAACACUACAUUGAAACGCAAACAAAAUUCUGAUGAAAUAACUGGGCUCUUGAUUCAGAUCAGGUGGAAGCUGAAAAAUAAAUGUAUAUAAAUAUGUAGCUGAGGAUAUUAAUUCCCAUGAUAUAACCAUAAUUCUGUGACUUGUAAUAAACCAAGCUGUACAAUUUAGUUUAUAAUAGCAGUAUCUGAGCUGCUCCAAAAUAUAUAUAUCAACAGUGGUAAAUACUGUAGAUUUUUAUAUAUAUAUAUAUGCAAAAAAUACAUAUAUACACACAAGCACUAUUUUCUUAUGUCAUUUAUGACAUUUUUUAUCUGUAUACUUUUUUGAUGUGAUUGUUUUUUAACAUGCUAAAAGUAAUAAGUA